UUGAUCAUAAACUUUGGUUAGCACAGACAAACAUAUAUCUUACAAUCUCCAUGGAUAAGAGUGAGGUGAAGCUUAUUGGCAAAUGGUCUAGUCCUUAUGUGAUGAGGGUGAAGAUUGCCCUCAACAUCAAAUCCCUUGAAUAUGAAUACUUUGAAGAAACCCUGAACCCCAAAAGUGAUUUUCUUCUUCAAUCCAACCCUGUGUAUGGUCGAGUCCCAGUACUCCUCCACUAUGACAAACCCAUCUGUGAGUCUUUGGUCAUAGUUGAAUACAUAGAUGAAACAUGGCCCUUUGGUCCUUCUAUCCUUCCCUCUGAUUCAUAUGAUAGAGCAGUUACUCGUUUCUGGGCUGCUUACAUAGAUGACAAGUGGUUUCCUUCCAUGAAAAGCAUUUUGAUUGUUGAAAGUGAGGAGGAAAGGAAGCCAUACUUUGAGGUGUUAGAAGAAGUGCUUGAGAGGAUGGAGGAUGCUUUUGGGAAAUUGAGCAAAGGAAAGGCCUUUUUUGGUGGAGACAGGAUUGGGUUCCUUGAUAUUGCUUUUGGGUGCUUCCUGGGAUGGGUCAGUGUGAUAGAGCAUAGAUAUGAAAGGAAACUGCUGGUGGAAGCAAAGGCUCCUGCUUUGGUGAAAUGGGCUGAGAGAUUUGCUGCUGAUCCUGCUGUGAAGGGGCUCAUCCCAGAGACUGAUAGACUUGUUGAGAUUUCCAAGUCUCUUCAGAUCAAAUGGAGAACUGCUAUUGGCAAGAAAUAGAAUUUGGGGUGCUAAUGAUGUUCUUGUGUGAUGAAUUAUGUUAAAAUAAAAUUCAGUUUGUGGUUAGAGUUUAUCUAGAAGUUAUCCUUAACCUCCUCCUCUCUUUAGUCCUUUUGGGUUGUCCUCUCAUUUGUAAUCACAGUUCCAUAUCAAGUUACUGAUUCAGUUUGAUAUUUUAGUGUCAAGUAAUUGCCUAUUCAACAACUUCUCCCCUUCACUUAGAAUUUAAUAACCUGAUUACACCUGACUAGGAGGCAAUAAUAGCCAAAAAGAGAAUUUUCAUAACUUGCUUUAUUUCCUUUGAAUUUAAAGGUCUUAGUAAUUAUUUGUCAUGGAACACACUCAAUUCACACGGUUUCCUU